AAAAUAAAAAAAGUCAUACGAAAGAGUAUUUAACAAGUGCUUUAUACAAGAAAGUGUACGGCCAAGUAAAAUCGACCACACCAAGAACAUUUCCGAUCUUAUGGAUACAAUAGACAAGUAUAGAAUAUUUCCAUUCAUGGAUUCAUCACAGCUUCCAUCUUAUGAUCGGAUUAAAGCAUAUGAUCGGGAAAGGGGCGAGUUCAUAAACAAUGAAAGCAGAAAGUACUCCAACUGUGUAGAAGCAGGUAUACUAGGACUAGUCUGCUGUUUAGUAUAUGAUCCAAAUAAAAAGAAGUACAAUACAGACCAUCUGCCCGACAAUGAAGAAACUAAGCCACUGAAAGACUUCUUUAAAAAGUACACUGAGCCAAGAGAAACCACUGACUAUGAAAUGCACGAAGAUUGGUGUAGAGUGAUAGCAGACUUGAAGAAUGACAAGAUUCUUUACUUAAGGGAAGGAACUAAUGAGCUGGACAGCAGUUUGUUGAAUAUUCUUUAUGUUGUAUCGGAUAUAACUGGAAGCAAAGAAGAAGUAGUUAAACAAAUUAAGUACUUAGAAAAGCUUCUUGCUGAUAAGAAGGUUAUUGUUUGGCUUGAUAUAACCCGAAGCUUGACUACAAUAUUCAAGGAGCUAUCAAAUAACAAGAAUCUUGAAAUAGAGUGUGACACAUUUGCAGUAGGUAGACGAGAAGAUAAUAAUCUGGACUUAUUUGGUAAGUUUAAGCUAGUAUAUACUUUCAAUAAGAAAAAAAAUGGAAUAUUAGUAGAGAUAACUCCUGGUCAUUCCUCAUUAAGCAUAUUGGAAGACCUAUUGUCUAGUGAAGACAAAAAUAUUAUUAAAGAAAAGCUGACUGAAAUACAGAAUACUUAUAGUAAUAUAGAGAGUUACACAGCAUACACAAUUAGACAGUACAUAAACAUAGAACUUGCUAAGAUGGAGCAAAAGUCUGUAUUUAGCCGAAUUCAAGAAAGUAUUAGAAAUAACCAUGAUAAUAUAAAUGACAUUUUCCUUCAUGGGAUGAUUCGAUCUGUUGAACAAAAAGCAAGGAUUGUUAAAUACUUCUUGGCCGUGCACGUAAAUAAUACUCUACCAAAAAAUAAUUCACUAGUUCGGUUUACCAAUAAUCUUAUAGGAAGUACUUCACUUGAUGAUUUUGAAACAAGAGAAAAUAUGCUGCUUUAUUGCAUGCUUAAUAAAGACAGCAAGAACUACUAUCCAAGAAUUGAGAGCUGCUGGGACGAGGUUACUAUAAUCACUCGAUAUAAUUUUCGUACAAUAGUUAGUGACAUUUUAGAGAUGUCAGACUAUUCUAUAGAUGUUAAAUUAGAAUGCUUUAAAAAGUUGAUGAUGAUUGUGGCAAAUAAUAAUAAUAAGCGUGCUAUUAUUACAAGAUCUUCCUUAAUUAGAAGUAUAGUGAAUUGUUCUAGAGAGACUAAUGAACUAACUGAAACACUUUUAGAGUUCAUAAAGAUAAUAUAUGAAACAGUUAUGCAGCCAGAUGGAUCAAAUAUAUUUGUUAUUUACUUAAUAUGGAUUGUCAAUGUAGGAACACGUAAUCACAUUUUAAAAGAUAAGAAAGAGAUUAUAAAGAUUCUAAUGGAUCAAAUAGAUGUUAAUUAUAAUUUUAAUCUAGAUAACAUAUGGGAUUGUUGGGUUCUUAGCGACCAUUCCUAUAUAUUGGAAAAAUUAAAAACAUGUAAGAAUCUAUUU